CCCGAGUGCAGACUCAGUCGCCGGGGGCGGGCUUCUCUGGCUGGCUAACUCAGCUGCCCUGGAGGAUUCGCGCGCGGAAGGAUAAUGCACCUCUUGGACAGCUCCAGUCCCUACUGUGACAGUCGCAGGAUCUGCAGUGAGCCGUGUGCGCGCGGGGAGUAGAAGUGUGCAGCGUCUCAGUGACUCGUUGGCUCCGCCCUUCAGCCUUGAUAAAGUACCGCUGAUAAAAUCAUGACCAGGUGGGCCCGAGUUACUACCACUCAUAACAAGAGACCUUUGGCUGCAACAUCAUGGGAGGACAUGAAGAAGGGGUCCUUUGAGGAAGAAAGCCAAAAUCUACCAAAGAAUAAACAACUUGAAGCCAAAAGGCUCUCCGUUAAAAAUGAUGCUCCCCAAGCAAAACACAAAAAGAACAAAAAGAAAAAGGAGUACUUAAAUGAAGAUGUAAAUGGAUUCAUGGAAUACCUAAGACAAAACCCACAGAGAGUUCAUAAUGGAGAGAUGAUAGCAGCAGACAGUGAGGAGGUAAGGGAAGAAAUUGCAGUUGCUUUAAAGAAGGAUAGUCGACGGGAAGGAAGAAGACUAAAAAGACAAGCAGCAAAGAAAAAUGCAAUGGUAUGUUUCCAUUGUAGAAAACCUGGCCAUGGGAUUGCAGAUUGCCCAGCUGCCCUUGAGAAUCAAGAUAUGGGAACUGGAAUAUGUUAUCGGUGUGGGUCCACAGAGCAUGAAAUGACCAAGUGCAAAGCCAAAGUAGACCCAGCUCUUGGUGAAUUUCCUUUUGCAAAAUGUUUUGUUUGUGGGGAAAUGGGGCAUCUAUCCAGAUCCUGUCCUGAUAAUCCCAAAGGACUCUAUGCUGAUGGUGGUUGCUGCAGACUCUGUGGCUCUGUGGACCAUUUUAAGAAAGAUUGCCCUGAGAGCCAGAAUUCAGAUCGAAUGGUCACGGUUGGUCGCUUGGCAAAGGGAAUGAGUGCCGACUAUGAAGAAAUUUUGGAUGUACCUAAACCACAAAAACCCAAGACAAAGAUACCUAAAGUUGUUAAUUUCUGAUAAUGAUUAGUACUGUCAUUAGUUACCACCUCAUUGUUAAAUAUUCUGAACUGGGCCUACUUCGCAAAUUAGAGCUGGGCUCCCUUGGAGACCUGUGUUGUAGAUACCAGUAUGAUCAGGGAAUGGUCGCAUAGUUUCCUGAGUGCUGUCCAUUAAAGAGUGCUUUUAUCACUGGAGAAAAUCACUGGAGAAGUAGAAGAUGUUAGAAUUGGAUUCUCUAAAAGAACAUUUUUAACAGAACUUAGGUAUAACUAAGUGGUUAUAUGCUUGAUUGUAACAAUCAUCUUUUUCUUAAAAACUAUGUAUUAAUGUGAACCACCCCUACAUAAAGUUUUACUGCUUGGCAUUCGGAAUU